GAACGUUACAAUAGGCAGCCAAGCUUGUUUCUCAUUCUGUCUAUGUGAAUAUAUUUUCUUCCGAGUGGCUGCUCACUGAAGAAUCCUGCGUAAUAUCGUUUGCGUGGAUAAUUUCACAGUGGGGAACAUGACAGAAAAGAAUCUUCUUGCUGUCAUUCUAUUAGCCACAACAUUGACAGUGCUGGAGUCUAAAUUGACCUUUUUCAGAAGAAGGAGUGUCAGUAUGCACAAGUUCCUAGAUGUCAAGGAACCUAUCUGGACUUACACUACAAGCAGGCGUACGGACAUUUUGUGCGAAGUGGAUGUAGUGACGAAUAUAACAGCCAGCUCUGUAUUUUUCACACGAUUCUCGUACGACCGCAAAGGAAGAACAUCUGGCAACCUGGAGGGAAUAUUCAACCAGCGCCGAAAGAAGUACAUGCUAGUGCACACUCAAGGAGGAGCAUACGAUCUUCACGAGGAGGUUCUAUAUAUGAGUUCUGAUUCCAGUUGCGCUGUUAUUAUGGUAUCGCGAUUAUUUGGUGGUACAUUCCGCAGCUACGAUCUCCGGGUGAUAGAUUCGCUUGCUGCGUUCGGGCCGCAUAAGGAUUGUGUCCGAAAAUUCAAGAAGCGAGACAGCCGAGGACAAGUGAUUUACAGACCGCAGUGCAGUGAUAUACUUCAUAACAAAACGCAAGCACCACUGCCGAAAUCGGGGGCAAAUCAGAAGCCGUCAACCAAUACGCACAGCUAAUACUUGUUUCUUUUUUUUAUGACGUGUGUGCAUCAAUGGUUUUGUUUAACGAAUAUAUUGAAGCCGACUUUUGUGUACAGCUUUCAUAUUUCGAAAUACAGAACAGAUCUGAAGUCUCUCGGCA